GAUAUUUUCAGGUUGCACAAACCCGUGGAGACAGUAACAUUUCACAGAAAAACAUCACAUUGGUAGCCGGAUAAAACAUGUCAACGAGACAGGUGACCUGCAGGUAUUUUCUGCACGGGGUUUGUCGGGAGGGCAGCAGGUGCAUGUUCUCUCAUGAUCUGGCCACAAGCAGACCUUCAACCAUCUGUAAAUACUACCAGAGAGGAGUGUGUGCGUAUGGAGACAGAUGCAGAUAUGAUCACAUCAGGCCUGUCAGCCGUGGCAGCGGCCCAUCGGCGGAGCAGCCGAACAGAAGCAGCAGCGCAGGAGCGUCGGCCCCGGGACCCGGACCCCCGUCAAACACAAGCAAACAUGCCAAAAAACCUCUGGUGCUGAGAGACAAAGCGCUGGGCUCUGACAGCAGAGCGGGGCCCGGUGUGAGGGACUGCUGGCACGACGGCGCUCACGGCAAACCUCACUCUUACCUGGAUGCCAUCCGCUCUGGCCUGGAGAGUUCGGCCGACCCGUGUCCCGACCUGGGCCAGCAGCCGCAGCUCUGCCCGUACAUGGCGGCGGGACCGUGUCACUACGGCGACAGCUGCCCCUAUCUCCACGGCGAUCUGUGUGAAAUAUGUCGGCUGCAGGUUUUGCAUCCGCACGACCCUGAACAAAGAGCAGCGCACGAGAAGAUGUGCAUGACGGCCUUCGAGCUGGACAUGGAGAGAGCGUUUGCAGUGCAGCAGAGUCAGGACAAGCAGUGUAAGAUCUGUCUGGAUGUGGUGUAUGAGAAGUCGUCUCCGUCGGAGCGGCGCUUCGGCAUCCUCUCCAGCUGCUGCCACUCGUACUGCUUGAGCUGCAUCCGGCAGUGGCGCUGCGCCGAGCAGUUCCAGAACCAGAUCCGCAAGUCCUGUCCCGAGUGCCGCGUGGUGUCGGAGUUCGUCAUACCCAGCGUGUACUGGGUGGAAGACCAGGAGGAGAAGAACCGUCUCAUUGAGGAGUUCAAGUCUGGAGUCAGUAAGAAGCCCUGUAAAUACUUCGACCAGGGCAGAGGAACGUGUCCGUUUGGAGGGAAGUGUUUCUACAUGCAUGCGUACGCUGACGGGACACGAGCAGAACCAGACAAACCCCGCAAACAGCUGAGCGCAGAGGGGAACGUGCGGUUUCUGAACUCGGUGCGUCUGUGGGACUUCAUCGAGGAGCGCGAGCAUCGCGGGACGCCGCAGGACGAGGACGAGGUCAAUGAACUGGGCGAGCUCUUCAUGCAGCUGUCGGGAGCCGGAGACCAGAGCGGCACGUCAGCGGCACACUGAUCACGUGACGCACUCACCUUAAAACAUCCGGCCAAUACAUGUGUAUCAACAGGUGAUCGACGAUUACAUUUGACAGGUGCUAUGUUUCUGUGCUGAAGCAUAAAGUACAUCCACAUGAGUAUGAAAUUAAAGCACCUUUGUGGUAUCUGUAGGCUGCGAUAUUCUCCUGACCUGCUUUGGGAUUUUGCCAGAUUUUUAACGUAAAGUCCAAAGACGAAUGUAUAAAAACAUAACUAAAAUCUCUCUGGCACAUUUUCAAAUGCACUCCAGUACUGUAUGAAGUGUAUUACAGAAAUACUGUUUAGUGUGUAAAAAAAAAAAAAAAAUGAAAUGAAUAGAUAGUAAUUGUUGCACCUAGUUCAGAUAACAUAUUCAUAACUUUAUAACUUUUGGGCAUCAUGCAAUAUUGCUGUGGUUAAAAAAGUAGCCAUUGACUGUCAGCAGUGAAUGGAGCGUUUGGAUUAUAGUUCCUUCACGUUGGACUCGGCUGAUAUCAUAGUGCUGCACUCACUCAUCUGGUUCACUCUUGAAUCUGAUCAUGGGUUAUUAUUCUGAAUUGUAUUGUUGAGUGACACUGGAACGAGUGUAAUAAACCGUUUAGUGACCGAGUGGCCUGUGUGUCUUUGAAACAAUCGCUUGAUCACAGUAAUUGCACAAAUACACUGCACCUUUAUACAAUUAUUAUGCUAAUAACGAGAUUAAUAAUGAGCUCUCACUAAUAUGGUGCACAAUAGGACUAAAACUCUUAUUUCC